AUGAAGCUCGACACAACGUACAUGCGGUACCUGACGGGGGACGACUGGCGGGUGUUGCAGGCGGUGGAGAAGGGGUCGUACAACCACGAGGUUGUUCCGACGAAGCUGAUCGGGCAGCUGGCGCAUCUCAAGAGCGGGGUCGGGAACACGAACAAGGCGAUAGCGGACCUUGCGAAGAUCAACUUGAUCUCGAGGCUGCGGAACGCGAGCUACGACGGGUACCGGCUGACGUACAACGGGUUUGACUACGUGGCGUUGAAGACGCUGCACGUGCACGGGGGCAUCGAGGAGCUCGAGCACACGAUCGGGGUCGGCAAGGAGUCGGACAUCUACAGCUGCCGCACGAAGCAGGGCGAGCAGCGGGUGCUGAAGAUCCACCGUCUCGGGCGGGUGAGUUUCCGCAGCGUGCGCAACAAGCGGGACUACCUGCAGAUCGGCAAGGGCGGGUCGUGGAUGUACCUGUCGAAGUUGGCUGCGCAGAAGGAGUACGAGUUCAUGCGGGCGCUGCACGGCGCCGGCUUCGACGUGCCGACGCCCUACGACUGCUCCCGCCACCUGGUGUUGAUGGAGCGCAUCGAGGGGUUUCCCAUGAGGCAGCUGUACGACCACCACGACUACCGCGGCCUGUACUGCGGCCUCAUGCGCUUUGCUGUGCGGCUGGCGUGCGAGGGCCUCAUCCACUGCGACUACAACGAGUACAACAUCAUGGUUGUGGAGCGCCCCGGCCACGGGGACCACUCUGCUGCCCCCGACGCCCCCGCCAAGCCGCCCCGCGACUUUGUCGUCAUCGACUUCCCGCAGUGCAUCAGCAUCGAGCACCCCGACGCCGAGUUCUACUUCUCCCGGGACGUUGCCUGCAUUCGCCGCUUCUUCAAGAGACGCUUUGGAUAUACUCCUGCGCGCGACGACCCUGCCAUGCUUGACACCGACGGCUUUGGCGACGGUUUCCGCUACGGCUACCCGGUCUUCAACCGCGACGUGAACCGUCGCGGCGACCUCGACGUCCAGGUCAAGGCGUCCGGGUACCGGCGCCGGCUGGACGCCGAGGACGUGGACUUGCAGGGCUUGGGCAGCUUUGCCCGGGGCAGCGACGAGCCUGCGUGGGACAGCGACGACCACAGCGACGACCACAGCGACCACGCCAGCCCCGACGACUGCCACGACGACGACAACGAGAAGAUCAUCCAGGCCUUGAGCACCGGCGUGGGGAACCUCCACAUGGACCGUCUGGGCAACUACGUGCUCCGCGACGAGUGA